AUGGCGGAGCGCCUCAAACGCCGCAAGGCGCCUACGCAGGAGGGCUCCCUGCUGCCCCGGCCCGACGACGCGCGCUCCCGCCGCGCGCUCUCGUGCUGCUUCAACUGCCAGCGCGACGUGACCAACCGCAUCCACAUCCGGUGCGCGGAGUGCACAAACGUUGACGCGUGCGUCGAAUGCUUCGCGGCGGGCGCGCAGCUCCAGCCGCACCUGCGCUCCCACCGCUACCGCGUCAUCUCCGGCCUCGCGAUCCCCAUCUUCGAGCCCACGUGGGGCGCGGACGAGGAGAUUCGGCUCCUGGAGCUCAUUGACCAAUGCGGCCCCGGCGCGUGGCACUCCAUCAGCGAAGGACUCGGCACGAAGACGCCGGACGAGUGCCGGGAGCACUACAUGGCCGUGUACGUGCACCACGCGGACGCCCCGCGGCCCCGCGUGCUCCCAGCGAUGAAGGACUACGACAGAGCGCGGGGGGUGUUGCAAGUGGCGCCCGCGCCGGCGAAGGGCGCGGAGGCGCGCAAGGGCGGCGCGGUGGUGAAGGAGGAGGACGGCGGGAAGCCCGCGAAGGCCGGCGCGGGCGGCGCGAGCAAGCGGGUCGACGGCGGGGCGCCUGGGAAGGGCGGAAAGGGCGGGGGGACGCCGCGCAAGUCCGGACCGGCGUCCCCGGGGCCGGAGGCGCACCACGACAAGACGGGGUCGACGCGGCACGUGCGCACGGCCGCGGAGACGGGCGGGAGCGAGCCGCUCGGCGGCGUCGCGAACACCGCGGAGGUCACUGGCUUCAACCUCAAACGGGGCGAGUUCGACCACGAGUGGGACAACGAGGCGGAAAUACCGAUCGCGGACCUCGAGUUCGCUCCGGACGACACCGCGGAGGUCCGCCGGUCCAAGCUGCGCAUGCUCCAGAUAUACAACCGGCGUUUGGACGAGCGGGAGCAUCGGCGGAGUUUCGUGGCGCAGCGCGGGCUGCUGAACGUGCGGCGGCAGCAGGCGGCGGACAAGCGGCGCAGCGUCGAGGAGCGCACGCUGCGCGCGCGGCUCCGGCCGUUCGCGCGGCUCGUCUCGGCGUCAGACAUGGAGCUCAUGGUGUCGGGCUUGCUGGUCGAACACUCCCUGCGCCAGCAGAUCGGGCGGCUGAAGGAGCUCCGGCGGCACGGCAUCCGCACGCACGCCGAGGCCGAGGUCUUCGAGAGCGAGCGUCGGAAGCGCCAGGCGCUGAUUGCGGGCGCGGCGGGCCUGGGCCCGCACCCCGUGCAGCCGCCGUCGUUCUACCCGCAGCGCGCGGCGCUCGGGCAGGUCGCCGCGGGCGCGGGCGGCGCGGACGCGGGCGCGCCGGUCAGCGAGCGCGCGUUCCGGUACAUCGCGCGCGGGGGGGAGCACGGCGACGCCCCCGGGGGACUCCCCACGGGCCCCGGCGCGACCGCGGGCCCGCCGCGGGAGCUCCAGCGCCUCGUCAACACCUUCGAGAGCGACGUCCCGACGGGCGGGGACGCGAAGCUGAAGCAGUGGCGCGAGGCGCAGGGGGUGGAGCUGGUUGUCGACGGACUGCCGGGCGCGAGCAUGCUCGACGCAGCGGAGCAGGAGCUGUGCGCGCAGCACCGGAUACUGCCGGCGCAGUUCGCGAUGGCGAAGGAGGCGCUCGUGCUGCGGCAGAGCGAGGGCGGGGCGGGCAUGGUGCGGUCGGAGGUGGCGGCGCUGGCGCGGCUGGACCCUGUGCGGGCUGGCAAGGUGCUGGACUACCUCGUGGGCGCGGGGCUGGUGGCGGAGGUGCCGGGGGAGUGA